UUGGCCUAUUCCUUGAUAUGUAGUGUGUUUGUUUCUUAACUAGUUUCCAAAGAUCUUGCAUACAGAAUCUUUGGUUUCUUUUCUUUUGUCAUAUUGGAGGUUUGAGUUAGUUUGCAAAGCAAAGCUAUGGCAUCAUUGGUAGGAGGGGCUGCUCUGGGGGCAGUGUUUGGAGAGGUAGUUAAUGUGUUGCAUGACACAUUUAAGAGUGUUGGAAGUGAUGCCCUUAUGUUCAAGUCAAUUCUUAAAAGCCUCAAACACAAUCUAGAUCUUAUAGAUCCAGUGGUUAAAGACAUAACACGAUUAAACGAAAUACUUGAUCACCGAGAAGAGGAAACAAAGAGCUUGAUCGAAGAUAUGAGGAAGGCCAAGGAGCUCAUUGGCAUGUUGGACAACCAAGAGUUGGACUCCUCUUCCGAGAAAGAACUUGCAGAGUUGAAUGAGUCCAUUGUGAAAUUCUUUCAGCUUCAUAUCCCAGCUCAGAACAGAAGGGAUAUAUUGCAGAUUUUGGAGAAGCAGAAUUUUCUUUGCAAGCGAAUGGAGUUGCUAGCGAUUAAAAGUGGGUCAACGUGUGUGGUUCCUCCACCCCCGGAUUUUACUGUCGGCAUGGAUCUGCCUUUGAUGGUGUUGAAGACGCAGCUGCUGAAUAAGAAGAGGCAGCAGAUUCUACUGACUGCCCCUGGAGGAUGCGGAAAGACCACACUGGUGAAAAUGCUUGGUCACUUUUGUGUAUGUAAUUGCAGAUUUUGA